UUCCUUAUCCUAACUACUAAGUAGAAUUCUGGAAAGAACAAAAAGUUUACUCCAUAAAGCUUUUAGAAAAUCACGGAGCAAGUAAUCCAGGAUGUCUUGGCUGUGCAGAAUAUUUUGUUGCGUUGUUAUCUUUCCUUUGAUAAGUGGAGAAUGCAUUUCCGCUUUAGAAAAGGAUGUUUACAUUAAAGGUGGAGACUAUUCCUCAGUAUUUGCACCUGAUGUUGAGUACUGUCAAUCCGUCUGCACGUUCAAUCCUCGUUGCUUAAUGUUUUCUUAUCUACCUGGAGACUGGGCCAGACAAAAUGAGAAAUUUGCUUGCUUUUUAAAAGACGGUGCCAAAGACAAACUGCCGAAAGUUAACUUGGCUGGAGCCAUUUCUGGACAUUCAUUAAAAAACUGCAAUAAUAGAAUAAAUGUCUGCAGAAACAAGAUGUUUCCUGGAAUUGAAAUGAUGGGAACCAACUAUAACAUAAUCAAUGCAACAGAUGAAAACCAAUGCCAAGAGAUGUGCACCAAUGACAUACACUGUCAGUUCUUUUCAUACGUCACACACACAUUCCACUCUGUAAAACUGCGACAUGUCUGCUAUUUCAAAUACUCCAGUAAAGGAAUGCCAAACAAAAUAAGACUUCUCGAUAAUGUUAUAUCUGGUUUUUCUCUAAAACAUUGUGGAAAAUCUAAUCUAGGUUGCAAAAGAGAUUUGUUUCAGAGUGCUGAGUUUUCUGCGGAAAACCUGAUAAGUGUUAUUGCUCCAGAUGUACACAUCUGUCAGAAGAUAUGUACAUUCUACCCAAACUGCUUAUUUUUUACAUUUCUGAAAAAAGAGUGGAGAACCCCGUCACAGAGGAACUUGUGCUAUUUAAAGACAUCAAAAACUGGAUUGCCAAAUGACGUUACAGUGAUAGAAGAUGCCAUAUCUGGUUUUAGCCUUUUAACUUGUAAAACUAGCCCCACAGUGUGCCCGUUACAGACUUUCAAUGAUAUGGACUUUCUUGGAACUGAUUUAUUAGUACAGGAGGUUGAUGGAGAGAAUGAGUGUCAACAACUUUGCUCAAAAACUACACAAUGCCAGUUUUUUACCUAUAAACCAGUUCAAUCUUCCUGCACUGAAAACAAAUGUAAAUGUUACUUGAAGAUGUCUAAUAAUGGCUUGCCAACAGGAAUACUACAUGGAAAAGGAGCUAACUCUGGAUUUUCUUUACGGUUGUGCAGAAACAGAGCAAUUACAGGAUGUGGGCAGCCGGUAGAACCAGAAAAUAGAAUUGUAGGGGGAGAGGAUAGUUCUCUUGGGGAGUGGCCAUGGCAAGUCAGUAUGCAGCUCAGGAUGCCUGGUAAUGUAAUACAUCAUGCAUGUGGUGGAUCGAUUAUCAGCAACCAAUGGAUAUUGACAGCUGCCCACUGUGUCAGCGACUAUUACCAGCCUAGAGCAUGGAAUAUUUAUGGAGGAUUUCUGAAGCUUUCUAAUAUAAGUUUAACAACGCCAAAAUUUGAAAUUGAUCAAAUUAUAAUACAUCCUUUGUACAAAGUAGCAGAAAGUGGAUAUGAUCUUGCUUUAUUAAAGCUAAAGACACCCAUUUCAUUUACUGAUCAUGUUCAGGCGAUAUGUCUCCCUCCACAAGAUAAUUCAUUGGUCAUUCCUAACUCAUGCUGGAUAACAGGAUGGGGAUACACUGUUGAAGAUGGUCAAGCAGAGAAUGUAUUACAAAAGGCAGAAGUUCCGAUAGUGCCACAGAAAGAAUGUCAAGCAAACUAUUCACCUGAAAAGAUUAAUGACAAGGUCAUCUGUGCUGGAUAUAAACAAGGCAAAGUUGAUGCAUGUAAGGGUGAUUCUGGUGGUCCAAUAGCGUGCAAAGUUGACAAUACCUGGUAUUUAUUUGGCAUUACGAGUUGGGGCGAAGGGUGUGCUAAAGCCAGAAAACCUGGAGUCUACACAAGAGUGACUGUAUUUGCCAACUGGAUCGAAGAGCAAAUCAAAUUAAACCAAUAAUGAAAGUCUACCUAUAUGGAAACAUUGUCAUCUUAAACAAUAUAUCCCAGAAGAAAUAUAUUUGAAUUACAGCAUUGGACACUUUUACUAGGUAGUAGCAAUAGAAAAGAAAUAAAUUAAAAAAGAAAUUAAACAGUAACAGUUUUGACUUCUUCCUCUCUUCAUUGAAUUAAAAUGUGUUCCAACUGUAUAUUAUGCAGUUUAUUCUGUUUU